AUGUCGAAGAUUACCCCGGUUUCGGAGGACCCUAGUCCCAGUGGCUCGUCGCAUAACUCAGCGACUGACUUAAAGAACCCAUCUGCAGUAGCUUCCAAUGCUCUUACCUCAGAUGAUAGUUCUUUCUCGGACGAGUCGACGAAGGGCAAAAAUGUUACCUUUGUUAGCAAAGGGCUUGCUGAUGAUCUUUAUGUACCUAUCGAUAAGUAUGAGGGAAGGCAUAGAUACGAUCCUGAAUUUGAGUGGGAUCCGAAAGAGGAGAAGAAGCUGGUCCGAAAGAUUGACUGGAGAAUCUGUUCAUGGGCAUGCCUCAUGUUCUUUGCCCUUCAAUUGGACAGAGGAAAUAUCGGACAAGCAUUGUCCGAUAAUAUGCUUGGAGAUCUUAAGCUGAAUACCAAUGACUUUAACACCGGUCAAACAAUCUUCUUGGUUUCCUUCUUAUUAGCCGAAUUGCCAUCCCAGCUUAUCUCGAAGAAACUUGGACCUGACAACUGGAUCCCGAUCCAAAUGAUAUCAUGGUCCCUUGUUGCUAGUUUCCAGGCAUUCCUCACUGGUAAAGGAUCGUUCUAUGCAUGCCGAGCUCUUAUCGGUAUGAUCGAAGGUGGCUUCAUUGCCGACGUCAUUCUUUAUCUCUCAUAUUUCUACACCGGCAAAGAACUCCCCAUCCGCCUCGCCUUCUUUUGGGUCUCUUAUCAAGCAACUCAAAUCGUUGCCGCUUUCCUCGCCUUUGGUAUCCUCCGUCUCCGCGGUUUCAACGGCAUGGAAGGCUGGCGCUGGCUCUUCGCCCUCGAAGGAACCCUUACAGGCAUUAUCGGAGUAAUCUCCUGGUUCUAUCUCCCACCAUCACCAACCCAAACCAAGAGCUGGUUCCGCGGUAGAGAUGGUUGGUUCAACGAACGCGAAGAAAAAAUCAUGGUAAACCGUAUCCUCCGAGACGACCCCGGAAAGGGCGACAUGCACAAUCGUCAAGCUCUCAGCCCCAGAUUACUCUGGGAGAGUUUCAAGGAUUACGAUAUGUGGCCAAUCUACCUUAUGGGACUCACCUGGCAGAUCCCCAUGGCUCCGAUGACCAAUUAUCUUACGCUACAACUGCGAGCCGCUGGAUUCGGUACAUUCGACACUAACUUGUUGACUAUUCCGGCCUAUGUUCUUUUUAUCAUACAACUCUUGUUUUGGACGUGGUUUUCAGAAAAGUUCAAUAUGCGAAUUAUCGUCCCGUUGAUAGCGCAGAUAUGGGCUUUACCGGUUGUCAUUGCCUUAGCUGUAUUACCGGGGACAGCAUCAGCCUGGGUGAAAUUUGCACUGGCGACAUUGCUUGUUGGACACCCCUAUCCACACGCCGUGCUAGUCGCGUUGACAAGUCGGAACGCUGGGACUGUGAGAACACGGACGGUGGCUAGUGCGCUUUACAACAUGUUUAUUCAAGCGGAUGGUAUCAUUGCCAGCAAUAUUUACCGAGACCAUGAUAAACCCCUAUAUAGAACGGGUAACAGAGUCCUCAUCGCCAUCGGUGUAUACAACAUUUUCAUGAUAAUUGGUGUUCGAUACUAUUAUGUUUGGAGAAAUAAACAACGCGAUACAAUCUGGAACGCAAUGACCAAGGACGAAAAAGAAAACUACCUCCGAACAACAACGGAUAAGGGUAAUAAGCGAUUAGAUUUUAGGUUCGCAUAUUAG